CGAAAAUUGAAUAUUUAACUAAAAACAAAUCCAGGAAGAACUAAAGAAAAAGGAAAGAAAAAUGCAGAGAGAAAGAAAAAUAGAUGUUACUCCAAGUAAUUAUUCAGUAUUGGAUACUGAGUUUGGAAGUAUGCGGGAACGUUUUGAAGCCGAAAUGAAGCAUGUGGAGGAAGAAAUGAAACGUUUAAGGCAAGAAUUUGAAGGAUAUACGCCAUCACAACCAGGAUCACAGGCUGAUAAUCGCUCCACCACGUAUCAUCGCGAAGAAUCCAGACGUUACGAAUCAUCCACAACGCAGGGCAGCGGUCCACCUCCACCAAGCAGUACGUUCCGUAGUGAGGGAGGUUUUACGCGACCGGAUAUGAUGUCCAUUCGACCAACCUACGAUCCUUAUCUGGAAAAUCUUAAAUCACCGCUUAUCAAAGAUGAAAGUGAUGGAAAAACGCUCAGACUUAGAUUUGAUGUUGCACAGUACAAACCGGAGGAAGUAACAGUGAAAACAGUUGAUAACAGACUUUUGGUCCAUGCUAAACAUGAAGAAAAAACACCGCAACGUUCCGUGUUCAGAGAAUAUAAUCAGGAGUUCAUGCUUCCCCGCGGAACAAAUCCAGAACUAAUCAGCAGUACGCUAAGUACGGAUGGCGUUUUAACGGUUGAAGCACCGCUGCCCCAUUUGGCUAUUCAACACUGAACUUGCUUAAUCAGAUUCUGUCGUAUGAAGUGUGUUUGGACGACGCAUACCCUCCUUCUCAAAUCCAGUUUUUCCUCUGCCUUAAAGUUGCUAUUACAACAUCCAAUAUGAUCUGUACAACAAAGUCCAAAAAAUGUGUUACUUUUUUUUUCAUUUCUAAUGACUCAUACACAAUUCUAAAACACACCUGGAAUCAUUUGAAUAUAACAAAUCAAUUUCAUAAAUGUUGCAUUGCCCUGCAUUGCUGUUAAAUUAAUUUUAUAUAAAAUGUUCCAUUCAGAGCUCAAAAAAAGAAAUUCGCUCUCAAAAC